UACGACUACUCAAGCUUAUCAGAGUUAACACAAGUAAAAUGCUCUCGCACAGAAAGUGUCGCUUUGUUCUUUAUACCGUUGGUGCCUUCGUUUUGGUUCUUCUGAUGUUACGUCGAAUUGGUGAUCGCCAGUGGAGAAUUACGCCGCACAUUUACUCUCAGAUUGUCCAAGAAGAUUUGGAAUUUUGGGAAUCAUACGAAAACCGAUUUUUUGCCACAAAAGAAUUACACCAACAGAAAAGUGAAUCCUUCAUAGCACCGUCUUCAACAUUGAAGCGUGUCGUCACGACUACCUCCACACCAACAACUCCAAGUCCAUGGAUCGACACCUGUUUCAAGAUCUUCGACAGUAAUGUCACUAAAGGGCACAGCUUACACAGCAAACAUAUACUGGACGAUGUGCAGCACUCCGUACCGCAGCCGACUGACGAUGGGCGUAACAUCUUCUUUCAUGAAACAUCCUGCUUGAAGAAGGACGGUAUCGUGCGGCUGAAUGCCCGACAAGCCUGUGCAAUCGAGUCGGCUGCCCGGGCCAACCCGGAGUGGAACGUGUACGUACUGUUUGCGGCUCCAGUUGGCUUCCGGAACCGCACAACACAGCCUAUCCUUGACGCACUGCUGGCGUAUCCUAAUGUGCAUCUGCGCUAUGUCAAUUUGACCACAUACGCAAACGACACACCGCUUAAAGAAUGGAUGGCGAGGGGGGAAAUAUUACGCUCACAGUACAUGAACUCUCAUCUGUCCGAUGUGAUGCGCUACCUGACCCUCUACAAGUAUGGUGGGACGUACCUUGAUCUGGAUGUGAUCGUGCAGCAAUCGUUUGAGAAGAUGAAACCGAACUAUGCCGGUGCCGAGUCGCCUCAGUAUAUUGCUGCCGGUGUGAUAAACUUUGAAUCGAAAGGCCACGGUCACGAGCUGGCGGAAAUGUGUGUUCGCGACCUACUGGCCAACUAUAACGGUUAUCAAUGGGCUCAAAAUGGUCCAGGGGUAAUAACGCGCGUAUUGGUAAAGCACUGCCAAACGCAUUCCAUCACCAACAUGACCCAGCAUUGUUCCGAGCAUUUUACCGUUUAUCCACCCAGCGCAUUUUACGCAAUAGCGUAUUGGAAUUAUAAGCAGUUUUUUGAAGAACCGUACCUAAAAUCGGCCCUUGAGGCGCUCAAUCAAUCGAUCGUGGUGCACCUGUGGAACAAGCUGAGUAAAGACAAUCCGGUGUGGGUUGGGUCACGGGUCGCUUACGGUGUGCUAGCCGAACGGUACUGCCCCAAAGUUUACCGGUCUUGUGGGCACGUUUUCUAACAUCACCUGCACAGAAUCAUAUCUUAAUUCAAGCCUCCUAAAAUCAUCGAUUGAUCACUCAUGAUCGCAGACUGUCGAUGCUGUCGCCAUUGCGACAACAUCUUCAUCAAUAAAGCGAUACUGCCAUGUAGAUAUCCCUCUCCCUCGCAUAGGUAUUGGUACAAGACAUCGGAUUGUCUUGUCUUGAUCUUCUGCAACUAAUUGGAAUGAAUAAUAUUUGGUGGUUAUUUGUAAUUCGAUGGACAAG